CAUCGUGUCGUAUGUCCGAAUCCCGUCAUCACGGGAUUCGAUCGGCUUUUCUUCUUCUAUCUAAAACAAGAUAUAACUUUCAAUAAUAUAUCACUGACACUGCAACAUACACUUAAUUAUGUGUGAAAUAAAAACAUUUGUUAAACUCACCAUAAUGUCCAUUUUGCCCAGUUGAACUCGAUACGUUGUAUUUCUAUCUGUCUAAUAAAUUUUUUUUAUCCUCGCGACGAUUCAUGUUUCAUUUAAGGUGAUCCUUUGUACAUACUGAGACUUGUGCUGCAGACAUUUGUGGUGAUGUAGACUCAAAAUGUGAGCAGUAUUAGGGUAUUUAUUAGCCCAACCUGUCAGACAGUUUAGUGAUAUUAUUACUAUUAUCAGAUAUUGUUAAUUAUUUAAAUAAUUAUUCAUAUUCGUAUUAUUAUUGCUUUUAUGAUGAUAUUGUUAAAGUGAUAUUUACCAUUAAUUAGUAAGAAUCCGCUUAAUAGUGAGAUAUUAAAGGUCCUCAAAAGUCAAUUAAAAAAUAAUAUCAAGUGAGAAAGUGAUAAAAGAAGGAUAAGGUCGGACACGCGAGCACGCAGCAAGCGGGUGGAUUUGGAAGAAGGAGGAAGUCAUGCCGCCCGGGCGAGCUUGCCUCGAUUCCCUCAGGAUCACUGCGCUCAUUCUAAAUCCUCGUCAUCAACGGCUGAUGUUAAAUCGUCGUUUUGUCUGAAAGAAAAAAGAAGAGAGUUAAGUCUGCAAGUUGGGUUUUGACAAGAACGAGAGGUAUUUUAAGUGAGAAACUGGGAACCUGGAGGCCAACACACGUGGAGAAGCUGCUUGGAGUGGCUGUAGUAGAGGGUGGUGGAGAAACCCGAUAUGAACGCCAGCGUAAAUAUCGAAAGAAACUCCUGGCGGCUGCCUCCUGACGAGACCGUCCAGGUUGGCGAUCCGAGGGUUAAAUCAGAGGUCAAAGAGGACUUGUAUGGAGAUAGCGGCAAUAACUGGAGAAGUAUAAUAUUUUCAUUGCUGGUUAUUGGGUUCGUAAUUGCUGGGAUUGUGACUGCUAUUUAUCUUCUUGGAUAUGUCGAUGAGCUUUUGUAUUGGAGUGGUAGACGUCUUACAUUGGAAGAGUGCCUUCGAGAGGACCUCUCACCUCAUCGGUUGCCACCCGCUUGGGUAACUCAUGACAAAUUUGUUUAUCAAGCUGACGAUGGUUCAUUAGCACUUCUUGACACAUCAAAUAACUCUGUUUCAUUACUUGUAUCUAAUCAUACACUUAGACAAUUGAAUGUGCAAGGCUAUCAAUGUAGUUAUAAUCUACGUUAUGUGCUUUUUAAGCACGAUGUUAAACCAGUAUUUCGACACACUUUCACUGCUCUCUACACGGUUUAUGACGUCACAAAUGACCAUCAUACUCCUCUUCGUCUUCACGCCUCUUCACGAGUCCAGCCAACUCGUUUGCAAUAUACUGCAUGGUUGGGCAACACUACUUCACUAUUGAUGAUAUCCGAUAACAAUAUAUUCUUAAGAAUGUCGCCAUCGGCGCCAGAAGACAAGAGACUGACUGACACUGGAGUGCCUGGAAUUAUUUACAAUGGAGUCCCUGAUUGGUUGUAUCAAGAAGAAGUACUUCCGAAACCUGAGGCUUUGUGGCCAAGCCCCGACGGCAAACAACUACUUUAUGCGAGCUUUAAUGACACGAAAGUCACGUCUUUUGAAUUUCCUUGGUUUGGUAAUCCAUUGGGUCAGGAUGGCCCAAGCUCAAGUCCAGUAGGUGUUUCUAGGAAAGCAUCAUUUCCACCACUCAAAUCCGUGAGAUAUCCUAUUCCCGGAUCACCGAAUCCUGAAGUAGAAUUGUGGGUGAUAGAUUUCACCAACAUUAGUGAUGCUACUAACGAAUCUUUGGGUAUAAACUUUGAGAGAGUUCAAGUCAGACCACCGCUUAUACUUGAUGGCCAGGAUUAUUACUUAAUCUCAGCUGGGUGGGUGGGUGAAAGCUCGGAUCAAAUUAGUGUAGUAUGGAUGACAAGAUCACAAAAUUUAUCGGUAGUUUCCGCUUGUCGUGCACCCAAAUGGGAAUGCGAGGAAACUCAUUCAGAACGUGCUCCUGAAGGACAGUGGUUGGAUGCACAGCCACAUCCAGUGUUUGCACCAGAUGGUGAUAGUUUUCUUUUGCUGGCUGCUGUGCAGGAAGGUGGACAGGAACAUUUCACUCAUAUCAAGCAUGUUACUCUCACACAACAAAGGAUUGCCGUGUUGUCACAUGGCCGAUAUGAAGUCAUAGAGAUACUCGCCUGGGACUCAAGAGCACAUUUAGUUUAUUACCUUGGUACCAGAGAGCGAAAACCAGGACAGAAACAUUUGUAUGUGGUUAGAGAUCCUACGACAGAUGAUCCUCGACGACUGGAACCGUUAUGUAUCACUUGUGAUUUGGGUGAUGUACUUUGGAGUAGUCGGUUUUAUUACACCAAUUGUACUCACUUUGGAGCUUCGGUUAGUGUUUCUACUGAGACUAGGCAAGGUUAUUACAUACUCUAUUGUGAAGGGCCCGGGUUGCCACUUGCUGGAGUUCACUCAGUCACAACUCAUAAGAUGGUUCGAGUUCUCUACGACACUAGAAUCCAACAUGCUGACAGAUUAGCUCAAUUAGCUCUACCAACUCGGAAAAGUUUUGAGGUACCUUUACCGCAAGGGUGGAGAGCACAAGUCCAACUUCAACUGCCGCCAUCCUGGCGUGAAGAAUUGCGAGAUGCAGCAUUUCCAGUUCUCGUUGAAGUAAACGGUCGACCUGGUAGCGGAGCAGUCACCGAUAAAUUUCAAAUUGAUUGGGGAACAUACAUGUCCAGUCACAAUGACGUAGUAUAUGUGAGGCUGGAUGUGCGUGGAGCAAGAGGACAAGGGAAGCGUGCACUUUUUCAUAGGAUUGGUGGAGUAGAAGUGCAGGAUCAAUUGACCGUGCUGCAGUACCUAUUGGAUACUCUGAAGUAUCUAGAUGAAUCGAGGGUUGGUGUUUGGGGAUGGGGAUAUGGCGGAUACGUCACUGCCAUGGUAUUAGGCAGCCAACAGAAUGUUUUCAAAUGCGGCAUUGCAGUCAACCCCAUCGCAGACUGGUUGUACUACAAUUCAGCAUUCACGGAACGAGUAUUGGGAGCACCAAUCGAGAAUUACAAGGGAUAUGUUGAGGCAGAUUUAACUCAACGCGCAAGAUUAGUCCCAAGUCAUAGCCUCUACCUUGUUCAUGGUCUAGCUGACCUUACAGCGCCUUAUACACACGGUAUAGCCUUCGCUAAAGCUCUGUCCGAAGCUGGAGUUAUCUUUAGGUAUCAGAGCUAUGCGGAUGAGGAUCAUGCUCUAGCGGGUGUGAUCGAGCACGCUUAUCGUUCCAUGGAGGACUUCUUCGCUGAGUGUCUCUCCUUGGAUGCCUCCUAGUGCCUCAAGACGAUUUCUUGCUCGUCAUUAAUACUGCGUCUUCUGCUUAUAACCGAAAUAAGUCGGUCGUAAUUUAUCGUGUAUGUAUCGAAGCGUGAAAUAACAUGAGAGUAGAGAGUGAGUGAAUGAGUGAAAAUAUUCAAAAAUGUGAAUGUUAUAUUGAUGAAAAUCAAUUCUCAUUGUUAUUUGAGAAUUUACAUUACCUAAACAUUUCAGAUGAUUGUAUUAAUACGUUAUCGGGAUUCCCUAGGAUGUAUAGAUUGCUCAAAUGACUGAUUUAAUUAUACGUGCAAAAGUGAAAGAGUAGACAAUUUAAAAUAAUUAAAAACAAAAAGGCAGAUUAAUAAAUAAAUCUUAUUGAGCACUGCGAUGAUAAUUAAUUAAGUUUUACACGAUAAGAUGAAAAAAGUAAAAAUUGAAAUAAAAAAGAUAUUAAAUAAAAAUAAUUCAUAAAAAAAAGUUAAUGAAAAAAUAUCGCGUUUGUAUUAGCAAUAUCUUUAUAUAAUAAUGCAAUGUAUUAUUAAUUAUA